GUACUGGUAGCAUAUACAAAUCAAAAAACACCACUGGACCCAAUGUUUUCUUGGAACAAACAAUUUACGUAGCUGCCAACUUAUUACGUAUACCAUCUAGCUCCCACCAAGAAUACUUGCAUUGCCAAAUUGAUGCCAUACUAAAGCAUGCAUUCUGAUCACUAUGUCAGGACAUGCCAUGUGCCUCAAACUGACUGCUUUGUAAGAACAGACUAUUCAAGUACAUAAACAAAGAAAGAAAUAUGUGUGUACACAGGAGUAUGUAGUGGUUUACUAAGAGUGGAUAGUAAUUUCAUUCAGAUUAGCUAGCAUGCAUUCUAGUAAGCAUGAGCAGAUUAAAUACAGCAAAGGAAUACAGUGUAAGGACUUGAGAACUGGUUCGUUCAGGAGUUGAUAUUCAGAGUCAGGUGUGAGGGUGAGCGCGUAGGCGAAUUUGAAUGUAACAGGCCUUGUACAUGGGCCGGCCUAGUAGAGACAUAUAAAAGACGUAAUUCUGAACUGUGAAGGACAGAAAAGAAAUAAACCAGAGUUUACCACUUCACGUGCGUUCACCAUUUCGGUGACUGUGCGGAGCCGGUGCCCAGGUCACGCCCCGGCGGAAUCGUCGGCAGCCAAAGGCCGUGACAUCCAAUUUCCCAACAAAACAAAUCAAGACCAUCUUACUAGAAGAUCAGUGCUACCAAGAACAUAAUUAACUAGGUCUGUGACACCAAAAGAUGGAUGCCUGAGCAUCUCUUCCUCCCCUAUUUGGUUUUCCUUUUCCUUCUAUCCCUUCUCCCAAAUCAUGAACUCGAUACAGUGGUAAUCUGCGAUAGUGAAAUGAUUUAGAGGCAGACUGGUAUGGCGGCUUCGAGUGGAGGCAUGCUACAGUACAAAUUGAUUCUCUAUGUUGGGUGGUGCCAUUUGGAUGCUCCAGUAGUCCAGAAGUAUACAUAGCCCCUGUUUGGAACCGCUUCUGAGCGGCUUCUGGCCGCAAGAAGCUGCAUCCCGGCGCCAAACGACCGGCUUCUGGCCCAGCUUCUGGGCGCCACGCUUCCUGGAGAAGCCCAACGGUAAUGCCCUCCCAGAAGCGGAUAUGAGGCCGCGUCCUCAGAAAGCCGAACCCUUUACCCUAGAAGACGCGUUCGGGUGCUUGUUCGGGAAGCCGCAGCUGCGCGACACCCGCGCCGCCUCCAGGUUCAUCUCCCUCCCUCUCCCUCCCUCCCUCUGUCCGGGGCCCGACUCUUCCAUUGCGCCGCCACGGGUUCGUGUGCUUGUUCGAGAAGCCGCAUCUUGUCCAUUGUGUCGCCUUCGGUCCGCUUCCCCUCCUUCAUCACAUUUGAACUUCGUGUAGGUGCGUCUUCGGGGCGAUUUCGAACCGAGGAUUCGUCGGACCCGUGGCGGCCUGAAGAUUCCUCGUUUUGGUAGCAAGAUCCGCUGCAACCAAGGUGAUGUAACUUGUACUUGUUCGUAUUACAUUUCGGGUUUAGGGGUUUAGGGUAUUAGGUUUUAGGGUUUACUCGGUUCCAUUGAGUAUUACGUAUCUGGAUUAGGGGUUUAGGGUUUUUAGGGUUUUAGGAUUUAGGGUUUAAGGGUUUAGGGUUUUCGGUUUAGGGUUUACUCGGUUGCAUUGAUUACAUGGAUGUUAGAUUGUCCCCAUGGAAGUAUACUAACUACAUAAAUCCACACCAGAUGGAUUCGGCAAACUGCAUAGCCGACAAGGCAAUUGGAAGGAUGCAGGAGAUUUCGGAUAAGAUUAUUUCAUUAGCCAGGGAAACAAUCAGGCAUGGACGAGGUUUGACCUCAUUGGAGGCUACCAAACUCCGUGUAGCAUUGGAGGACAUAGGUCUAAUGCUGGAGCAGGACUCUCUGGUGUUCCAAGACUAUUUGGACAAGGUCAACAACGGUACCAACCAUGUUGACGACGACUACGUGCCCUCAGACUUGUCCUCACCAACCCCUGCUGAAGAAGACCUCGGUGAAGACUGGGACUUCACCGAGCACUUCGAAAAAUUGUGGGGUGUUGAAUAUGAAUCAGAUCAGAUUCCUUCCUUUAGUGACAAUGUGUCAUGUGGGGCCGCACCUAUACGCGGGCCCGCGACGCCAGGAGGGCUGAGGCUCGGGCGUUUAAGGUGGGCGCCAACAGCAGCUCACCUAAGGAAGGUUCGUCCAAAGAGGAAAGUGGUAGCAGCUCAACCAAGGAAGGUCCGUCCAAGGAAAGUGGCUAGAUUAGUGGCCAAAUUGAUAGGCCUUAAUUGUAGGGGAGUUGGUUUCCAAAUAAGUCAUUUCCUAAAUUAGAAGUUACCUAGUUGGUCAGGCCAGUGGCCUAUUUAUAUGGAACCGUGAGGCAAUGAAGAGAAUAAGAAAUAUAUCACCUUAAUCUCCCAUAUCCAUGUACUCUCUAAGCCUACGGCGGAGGAAUACCUCGCCGGAGAAGACAGACGGCGGAUAUGAGCUACGUAGCCGCGGUCCAGCUGCUCGAGGGCUUAACGCCCUUGACAACCUGGUAUCACGAUCCUGGCGAUCCUCUUCCCAGUCCACCACUACACCAGCCGUCACCACCUCACCACCACCCCCAGCCGCCGCACCAACCUCACCGACGUCCUCUGUGGCGUCCUGCGUUCGAGCCAUGGGCGAUUCCAACGACUUCAAGGCCUUUGCCGAGGCUCUCAAGUCACUGCAGGCGUCCAUCGCGGCCAACGCCCAGACCAUCGCCAGCCUCACAGUCGACCGCACGUCCGCCUCAGGCCACAAGAUCGGCUACGGCGAGCACCAUGGGGACCGGCCACCGAGGUUCCAAAAGCUAGACUUUCCCCGGUACGAUUGUAAAACUGAUCCUCUCAUCUUCAUCAACCGUUGUGAAUCCUACUUCCAUCAGCAGCGCAUCAUGGAGGAGGAGAAGGUCUGGCUGGCAUCCUACAACUUGGAGCACGGGGCGCAAAUGUGGUAUAUCCAGGUCCAGACGGAUGAGGGUACUCCAUCGUGGCGCCGGUUCAAGGAGUUGCUCAAUCUGCGCUACGGCCCUCCUCUUCGCGCCGCGCCUCUCUUCGAGCUGGCUGAUUGCCGCCGCACGGGGUCCGUCGUGGACUAUCAGGACUGCUUCCAGGCGCUCCUUCCACGUGCAGGACCCCUCGACGAGGCACAACGGGUCCAACUAUUCACAGGGGGGUCUCCGUCCCCCGCUUAGCCUUGACGUCCAGGUACACAACCCGCAGUCCCUAGCGGCUGCCAUGAGCCUGGCGCGCCAGCUGGAGCUUCGUGAGCAAUAUACACCAACGCCUCCCAAGGGCACGCCCCGUGGCCUGCUGCCGAC